CGUCACGUGACCAAGAGCUGCCUAGAGCAGAAGUAUUGCUAGUCGCCUCCGUCUGGGUACCAGCCCCCUAUUACUCUGCAGGCGUGAAGGGAGAAGGAAAGUAGCUUGGGACCGUGCAGGGAAAGAAAGGUUCCACAGUCAGGGCACUCGUGUCCAGAGCGCUGCUCCGUCCACCAAGCACUCGGUCCCCUCGGUCCCCCGUCUGCCUGCAGGUUUGUAGAUCUGUUGGCCUGUAGGUCGCCCAGAAAAGUCUCGGCGAAGGAAGGAGCAAAGUGCCUUGGGACUUGCAGACUGUCCAUCAGUCACUGGAAGGAGCACUAACCACAGAAGACAGAGAAGAAGAAGGAAUUUACCUGGCUUUGGUAGAGAUUCAUCACAAGAGAGCUACAGGAGCCUGGGAUAGGCUGAAGACAUCUCCCCUCCACCACUACUCAUUCUGGCCUUAAGUACUCUCUUCAUUCAGGUGGAGCAAGGCCUUCUCCUGUCCUGCCCCCAGCCGGGGGGGGACCUAAGCAUGGGCCGGGCUCGGGAAGUGGGUUGGAUGGCAGCAGGACUGAUGAUUGGGGCUGGUGCUUGCUACUGCGUUUACAAACUAACCAUAGGAAGAGAUGACAGUGAGAAAUUGGACGAGGAAGAAGAGGAAUGGGACGAUGAGCAGGAGCUGGAUGAGAAGGAGCCCGAGAUUUGGUUUGAUUUCACAACUAUGGCUCGUCCCUGGAGUGAGGAUGGAGAUUGGACUGAACCUGGGGCCCCUGGUGGCACGGAGGACAGGCCCUCAGGUGGGGGCAAGGCCAACCGAACACACCCAAUAAAGCAGCGCCCCUUCCCCUAUGAACAUAAAAAUACUUGGAGUACUCAAAGCUUUAAAAAUUUCAAUUGUGUUCUUGGCCUCUCCGAGUGCCCUUUCAUUCAGGGAGAAAUGUUCUUGGGUCAGCCCAAGAAUGCUGUUUUUCCAUUUAGCCAGGAUCUCAGUAGUCAACUGGCCAGCCUCUCCCUUGCUGGAAACAUAAUCCCUAUUCCUGACUCUGCCAUUGAGGAGGGGAAGGCUCUCUGGGCCGCAGAUAACCUUUGGAACGCCAGUGUUGAAAAUCAGGGCCAGAUGAAGAUGUACAUCCAUGAAGUGUGUCGGGAGACUGUGUCACUCUGCUGCAACUCAUUCCUGCAGCAGGCCGGACUCCAUGUGUUAGUAAGCAUGGCAGUUAUUAAUAACAUGCUGGCCAAGUCCGUUUCAGACUCGAAGUUUCCUUUGCUAUCUGGGGGAAGUGAAUGUGCUGAGGGGCAGGUUUUGAAACCCUUGAUGGGUUUGUCUGAAAAGCCAGUCUUGGUGGGGGAGUGGCUGGGUUCCCAAAUGCUGCCCUCUUUCCUGUCCCUCUCGAUCAGGAACGCGCACAGACAGCUUCUCCCGGACACCCUGGCCUCCUAAGUGACCCUCUCCACCAGGAUGGGACUGAUCCACCCCAAACCAAAAUCCAAUCGGUGAUCGCGCACUUGUGUUCUCAUUCAGAGACUCUGCAGUGGGUGCUGUUGAAGAUCCAGCCUUCGCCGAUCACCACGUGUCUGGGUGAAAGUCACACUUGCCGAAUCCAGGACCACACUCUUGUUGGCCAGGCAGGGUUCCCACAGAGCUUGCAGGAAGCUCUUGGUCGUGCAGUCCACAGGCAGUGUGCGUUGUAAAUUGCUCCCUUGCAGCCUUCUUCCUGGGGGAAAGGGCUCAUCUCAGCUGCCAGCCGUGGUUAAAGAACAGCGUACUCUGGCCUCACAAGGGAUGGCUUGCCUGUGCUGGUCUCCCCGUCUAAGCCGGACCGGACCGGACCGUGUGGGGGAGGCCAGACGUCUAUGGGAGCUUGUGCUGAAAAUGCAUUGGUGGCUGCUGCUUAGGGUGAAUUCUUGUUCAUUUACUCUCUUCUUCCCGAGCCCAUGGGUGGUAAACUCUGCUCACCCAGAACAUUCCCCUCCCCUUGUACGUGCCCUACUGACUGAACCUCACCCACCAAGUCUGCGUUGGUAUGUAUCAUCAAUAAACGUGUGUGCUUUGAUGGGCAAAACCGA